CGGCCGUGCGGGGUCCCGGCAUCGGUUGCGCGCGCGCUCCCUCCUCUCGGAGAGAGGGCUGUGGUAAAAGCCGUUCGGAAAAUGGCCGCCGCCGCCGCCGCCGCCGCCACCGCCGCCGCCGCGCCGAGCGGAGGAGGAGGCGAGGAAGAGAGACUGGAGGAAAAGUCAGAAGACCAGGAUCUCCAGGGCCUCAAAGACAAGCCCCUGAAGUUUAAGAAGGUGAAGAAAGACAAGAAGGAAGACAAAGAGGGCAAACAUGAGCCACUACAGCCUUCAGCCCACCAUUCUGCCGAGCCGGCAGAGGCAGGCAAAGCAGAGACGUCAGAAAGCUCAGGCUCUGCCCCAGCAGUGCCAGAAGCCUCUGCUUCCCCGAAACAGCGGCGUUCUAUCAUUCGUGACCGGGGACCCAUGUAUGAUGACCCCACCUUGCCUGAAGGUUGGACACGAAAGCUUAAGCAAAGGAAGUCUGGCCGCUCUGCUGGAAAGUAUGAUGUAUAUUUGAUCAAUCCCCAGGGAAAAGCCUUUCGCUCUAAAGUGGAAUUGAUUGCAUACUUUGAGAAGGUAGGCGACACCUCCUUGGACCCUAAUGAUUUUGACUUCACGGUAACUGGGAGAGGGAGCCCCUCCCGGAGAGAGCAGAAACCACCUAAGAAGCCCAAAUCUCCCAAAGCUCCAGGAACUGGCAGGGGUCGGGGACGCCCCAAAGGGAGCGGCACUGGGAGACCCAAGGCAGCAGCAUCAGAAGGUGUUCAAGUGAAAAGGGUCCUAGAGAAGAGCCCUGGGAAACUUCUCGUCAAGAUGCCUUUCCAAGCAUCACCUGGGGGCAAGGGUGAAGGAGGUGGGGCUACCACUUCUGCCCAGGUCAUGGUGAUUAAACGCCCUGGCAGAAAGCGAAAAGCUGAAGCUGACCCCCAGGCCAUUCCUAAGAAACGGGGCAGAAAGCCUGGGAGUGUGGUGGCAGCUGCUACCACAGAGGCCAAAAAGAAAGCCGUGAAAGAGUCUUCUAUACGGUCUGUGCAUGAGACCGUGCUCCCCAUCAAGAAGCGCAAAACUCGGGAGACAGUCAGCAUUGAAGUCAAGGAAGUGGUAAAGCCCCUGCUGGUGUCCACCCUUGGUGAGAAGAGUGGGAAGGGACUGAAGACCUGCAAGAGCCCUGGCCGAAAAAGCAAGGAGAGCAGCCCCAAGGGGCGCAGCAGCAGCAGCAGCGCCUCCUCACCCCCUAAGAAGGAGCAUCAUCAUCACCACCACCAUUCAGAGUCCCCAAAGGCCCCCAUGCCACUGCUCCCACCCCCACCCCCACCCCCACCUGAGCCUGAGAGCUCUGAGGACCCCAUCAGCCCCCCUGAGCCCCAGGACUUGAGUAGCAGCAUCUGCAAAGAGGAGAAGAUGCCCCGAGGAGGCUCGCUGGAGAGCGAUGGCUGCCCCAAGGAGCCAGCUAAGACUCAGCCCAUGGUCUCAGCAACCACCGCCACAGUUGCAGAAAAGUACAAACACCGAGGGGAGGGAGAGCGCAAAGACAUUGUUUCAUCCUCCAUGCCAAGGCCAAACAGAGAGGAACCUGUGGACAGCCGGACGCCCGUGACCGAGAGAGUUAGCUGACUUUACACAGAGUGGAUUGCAAAGCAACCCAACAAGAAUAAAGGCAGCUGUUGUCUCUUCUCCUUAUGGGUAGGGCUCUGACAAAGCUUCCCGAUUAACUGAAAUAAAAAAUAUUUUUUUUUCUUUCAGUAAACUUAGAGUUUCGUGGCUUCAGGGUGGGAGUAGUUGGAGCAUUGGGAUGUUUUUCUUACCGACAAGCACAGUCAGGUUGAAGACCUAACCAGGGCCAGAAGUAGCUUUGCACUUUUCUAAACUAGGCUCCUUCAACAAGGCUUGCUGCAGAUACUACUGACCAGACAAGCUGUUGACCAGGCACCCCCAACACCCCCCCCCAGUGUGCUUAUUAGAGACAGCAGUUGAGAGGACACUCCCAUUUUUGGUGCCAUUGGUGCCCUGUCCAUAGCUUCCCUGACUCUUCCACCAUCCCAUCUCCCAAUCUGAGGGGCCGGGAGGUGUGAGGCAGGAAAAACCAUUGGAUUCUUUAGAGAAGACUGAGGUGGCCAGUAAUUGUGGCCCAGUGAUUAGAACUGUGGUGGCACAAGUCUGGCCCCACACCCACCCCAAUCCAAAACUGACAAGAAUAUUUUGAAAAACAGGAAAGUGGUACCUGUCUGAUCCAGCUCUGGCAUAGCUAGAAGCGAGCCCUGAACUGCUGGAUUAUAGACUGGCCUGAACCACAGAAUAGGAUAGCCCAGGGUGAAGUGUCAUCACCUGUUCACAAGGCAUGCUCCCCUAGAGAAUAAUGCUAAAGAGGUGCCAUGGAGACAGCAGGACAAGGCACAGGCAGGGUCAAGCCAAGCCUAGUGCCACAGAACAAGAGAGCAGUCUGUGACUAGUGGUUAGGAAUUUAGUGGAUGGGACAAGGGGCAAAGGGGAAGAAAAAAAUAUUCUUCCAAUUACUUUCCAGUUCUCCUUUAGGGACAGCUUAGAAUUAUUUGCACUAUUGAGUGAGUCUUCAUGUUCCCACUUCAAAACAAACAGAUGCUCUGAAAGUAAACUGGCUUGAAAUGGUGAUACUUUGUCCCACAAGCCACCAGACAUGGCAGUGUUCAGAACUACCUGGAUCUGUAUAUACCUGCGCUUGUUUUAAAGUGGGCUCAGCACAUAGGGUUCCCACGAAGCUCCGAAACUCUAAGUGUUUGCUGCAAUUUUAUAAGGACUUCCUGAUUGCUUUCUCUUUUGUCUUUCCAUUUCUGCCUUCCUUCAUUUCAUGCUUUCAUUUCUUCCCCAUCCUCCUUUCCCUAGCUCCUAGUUGUCUCUUCUGUUCCAGACAACUGCAGUGCCCAACCACAUGCUUACCUGACAGCAUUCAACCACAGUCCUAGGAUUCUCCCUGCCCUUUGACUUCUCAUUGCCAGUGCCAGCUAUCAUGUUUAACCCUGAGCAAGUGCUGGGCUCUGCUGAGUCCUCCCUAGCCUCUUUGAAGAACAAGAGGGCAGUAAGCCCUUACUCCCUUAGAUAGUCCCCUCUUCCUUGCUAAGAAAAAAGUCAAAAGGCUUUUCAGAUCCUAAACAAUGAGCCUUUUCACCUUCUGCUCUAGAAAAAUGGGCUGGAGAAACUGGGCCACAUGUGGUAGCUGAAAGAGAUAUAGAGGCCCCUGUGUUCUGCCAGGAUCACUGAGUGGCCCAAGAGGGCCACCAUGCCCACUACCCUUGACCCCACUCAGAAGUCUGAUGUCAAGCAUGGUGUGGCAGGGCACCUGUCAGGACAGAUGCAGAUUUGAGCAGGGAGUGACACCAGGGCCCCUUGCUCUUCUUCUGACAAGUCUUUUUCUAGUGGAAUGCUUUCCCUUUUGCUCACUGGGGACUGGGUGGGGCCAGCACACCCCAUAUUUCAAUCUCUGCUCCAUAAGUGUAAUGGUGAAUUUUACAGGCUUGGCUUUGCUAUGGGGUUUUAAUUGGUCAAUUUUUAUUUGGGAUCCCAAAGUUUUAGCCUCUGUUCAGGAAGUCCUUAUCUAGCUGCAUAUCUUCAUCAUAUUGGUAUAUCCUUUUCUGUGUUUACAGAGAUGUCUCAUAUCUAAAUCUGUCCAACUGAGGAGUACCUUAUCAAAGUAGCAAAUGAGACAGCAGUCUUAUGCUUCCAGAAACACCCACAGGCACGUCCCAUGUGAACUGCUGCCAUGAACUGUCAAGUGUGUGUUGUCUUGUGUAUUUUCAUUACUGUUCCCUAAGCUUCCUUAUUGCAGUGUAAUCAUGGAAGAGUGAAACAUCAUAGAAAUCAUUUAGCACUUCCUUGCCAGUCUUUAGUGAUCAGGAACCAUAGUUGACAGUUCUAAUUGAUAGCUUAAGAUAAAACCAUGUUUGUCUCUUCUGGAAUGGCUAGAACUAAGUGAGAGAUUUUUGCCCCAUUCGGAUUGCAGAGUCAUAGUUGGGCUUUCUAGCAUAUUUGUAUCCAUUUCCUUGUGCUACAAAUGCAGACCCUGCAACCAGCUUCCCGUCAAGCACUCAUUUUGCCUGCUCUGCUGUUGAUCCUCAGCCAUGGUUCUGAUUCUUCCCCAGGAAGGGAAGAGGUCUCAGAAGAGGGACUAUGGAAGGUCCAGGAUGUAUCCUUCUUAACUCCUGCUUCCUCCAAGGACAAAAGGCCCACCUCACCCCACCCCUGCAGUGGCCUCACACUCCCCAAGGAUACCUUUCUGUACCCUCACAGCACCUAGCCAGAUUGACAUCAAGUUGUUUUAUUGUGGUCUGUUUGGGGGUUUGCCUGUUAUACUUAAUUAGUCCAAUGAAAUGUGACUCCUAGGCUAAGGAUCCCUCAUCCUUGGAAGAUAACCUAGGCUGAUUAGACAUUCACAGUUGGGAUUGCAGCACUUUGGGUGCCAUUUUCUUUAAUUUGAGCCCCAUCUGCAGCCUCCUCACUCCCCAGCUUUCCCUUAGAGCUGGUUUCAAAACUGCAGGUGGUGGUGCCUGCAGCUUCUGAGGGUUUUUUGUUUUGUUUUGUUUUGCUUCCUGCUUUUUUUUCCCCAUCCCCUCAUCCCCAAAUAAGGACAUCAUGAGUCAGUGUCCUUUAAGCAGGCAGCUUUGAUUGGGUUUUGCCCUGGCAGCCAGGGACUCUGUAUAGGCUCUCAGGCUGCCCCUGCCUUGCAGUCAGGUUGACAGGAGGUUGGAGGGAAAAGCCUUAAGCCAUGGGAUUCUUACCAGCUGUGUCUGGCUCAGACCUGGAAUGUGACCUUGAUUUUGUUGUAUUUGAACAUUGUAAAGAUUGGGUGGCAUCUUUCACUGAAUAUAUGAAGAAUACAAGAACUGACCUAUAGCUUUCAGAUACCUGAGACUAGGUCAUUAAGGUCACAUCCAGUCUUUCCUACCCUGCUCUAGUUGUUAGUUACUACCUCUCCCAGAUAGAUUGGUGUAUAUUCUCCAACUAUGUUCAUCCUGGCCCAGUCCUGCCCAUUCUUGGGUCUGUCUUAACCAGUGGAACUGCUGCUCUUCAAAGUGCAGUGAGUUGAGAACUCUUGGUCACAGCCAGACUCUAGUACAGCUCCCUUCUGCUGGUGUUGUAUUCCCAUAUCAAAAGGCACAGGGGAGAUCUAGAAGUACCACCUCCCCCAGUCCAUCAGUGCCAAACUAGCCUGUGAUCCCAGCAUGGGUACAGAGAACUCUGUUCAGUGCUGUCACAACAGACUAGAGGCCACAAACUUUGGAAAUGGGAACCAGAGCAGCCCAAAUUGUUGUUGCUUCACCCAGCUUGCUCUUGCUGUGACAAUGAUAAAAGAGGGCAAUAACCAGAAACUGACUGCCAAGUUUGGUAGGGAAAGGAGUUUCCAUAGCUGACAGGACCUCUGAAUUUUAAAUAAAUUGUAAUAAGUGGCUCAAGCCCACCCAAGAAAGAACAAAAGGGUUGGAACUGACCAGAUGAGACCAGCUAGAGUUCAUGCAGCCCAAGUGGACUCCAGCUGCCUGAGCUCUACAGCACUUCUCUAACUACAGAGAACAUUCCAGCCAGGCUCUCUGGGCUAAGGAGAGAUCACAGGUGCCAGUUCUUCAAGAAGACCUUUGUGCAUCAGUUCAUAACCUGUAUCUUUGUCCCACAAUGUUUGCUGAUUUGGGUUCACACUACAGAUUCUAGGACGGAUGGCCAAGACUCAGAGAAAAAAGUUUCUAGAGCCCCUGCGGACCAUGGCAUAGAAAAGUCCCAAGUUGAAGGGGGCUAGGGCAGAUGCAUCAAUGCCCCAUGCCUGGACCAAGCCCUCUGCUCCAUCCAUAUCCUCUUCUGGCUCUUUCUUCCUGCUCUCUGCUUGAGUGAACCAGCCCAACUCUGAAGAGAUUUGUUGAUUCUCUCCAUUUUGGAUGUUUUUUAGGUACUAUAUCAAUCUUUAAAAAAGGCUUAGUCUAAUUGUUAUAAAUCGCUAGGAUACUGCCUCUCCCAGGGUCUAAAAUUACAUGCUAAAGGGGAAAAUUUGAGCUGAAACCAGUUCUCAACAAUUUAGAAGGAAAACCUUUAGAACAUUUGGCAAUAAUAAUAAUAAUAAUAAUACAUUUCGAUGUUUCUGAAUAAGAGGAGGCUUUUGCAAAAAAAAAAAAGUGUUGAUCUAAAAAUACUUAGUUCUUGGCCUGAGAUAUCUGGUGAGUGAUCUGGGCAAAGGGAACUCCAGGCUAAAGCUUCCUACAUCUGAGGAGGUGGAAGUAGGAGACUCUUGCGAUCGAGGCUUUUUAUUAUUGGAAAGCCUCUUUGGGUAGCUGACCCCAAGACACCACUUCUGACCUUGUCCUUUGGUGGUGUGGAGGUUAGUGGCCUGCCAGAUGCCAAAGCUGCAUGAGACCAGCUCUUGGUGCAUCAAGUAAAACACUCAUCAGUGACCCAGAAGGCCCAUCACAAAGUGUCUGCUCUCUUCUCAUCUUAACUGAGCCUGUCCCAGCACUACUGCAUAAACUAGGGAGGGUCUUCUGCCUAAAGAGCAUCCCUCCCUGGGGCCUCCUAUCUUUUGCAAUCUGCCUACCCCACCCUCAGGAUCUUGGCACAGAUGAAAUGGCUGUGUGGCAAGUACUUUGGCAUGCCCUCCUAAACUUACCCAGUGCCUCUCCCUGCCUCUUUAAGCCAGCCUGCCUGCCUACUGGGGAGGCAUGAGAGCCUAUAGAGUGGAGAAGGGAGGGCAAGCAGGCAGGCAGUAGAAAGGCUCUAGGAGGAAGGAAGGGGCCUUGUACAGGCCCCCAGGCUUUGUACAAGCAGGGCUCAGCCCCUCAUGGAACUAAGUGUCAUCUUUUAGUUUAAGAACAUUUGGGCAACUUGCAAAUGACGUUUGCUCCUUGCUCUCCCCUCUCACCUUUUAUCAGGUCCUGCUUAACACUGAGAGAAAAUGCGGUGAAAAGGCAGAGGUUUGGCUCCUGCCCACUGAUAGGCUCCUCUCCCUGCAGUAUUUGUGUGUCAAGUGGCAAAGCUGUUCUUCCUGGUGACCCUGAUUAUAUCCAGUAACUUAUAGACUAUAUGCAUAGGUCUGCUUUGUCUUUUCUAUUCCAGGCUUUUGACUUACUUUUCAGUUUUGCUUUUAGCUUUCCUAUUCUUUUUAUUUUAUGCACCAACUAGACACACAAAGCAGUUGAAUAUAUAUAUAUAUACAUAUAUAUAUGUGUGUGUGUGUGUGUGUAUAUAUGUAUAUGUAUAUUGCACAAUUAUAAACUCAUUUUGCUUGUGGCGCCACACACACAAGAAAAGACCUUUUAAAAUUAUACCUAUUGCUUAAUUACAAUAUUUCUGAUAACCAUAGAGUAGGACAAGAGAAAAAAAAGACAUCUGUCUGCUGGUCACUUCUUCAGUCCAAGCAGACCUGUGAUCUUUCCUCGCUUCUUUCAAAGGCUUCCCUGUGCUAAGUGAAGGAAGCUCCAGGCUGCACCCAGGUUUUGUACUUUGUUUCUCUGCUGUGAAAGGGGCCCCAUGAUUCUGGGUGCAGGAUAGUUCAUUUCAGCAUUGGGGGAGGGGGUAGGCGCACUCCCUAUACCUGCUGAAGUCCAGAACUUAGUGAGCACAGCCCUGUCCCCACCUCUAGGAGUGGGGAGCUGGCAUGCAUGGGGUGGCUCAACUCCCUCUACCCUUUCCUUGGCCAAGGAGAGCCUGUGUCUAGUAAGUCUGGCAGGCUUCCCUCAAUUAGCAGGGCUUGGAGCAUUUCAAAACCCUCCUCACUUUGCUGAGUCCAGGAGCUGGAGAGGAGAUAGGAGGCUUGACCUGUCUCCAAACCUUUUAGCUGUACUAGGUAGAAUGCCAGAGACCCCAGAAUCACAUCCAACAGUCCAGUGGGUCUCCUUCAGAAAGUAGUGAAGACUCCAGAAACAUCCCUCUCUUCUCCCUGCUCCCAUGAGUAACUGCAUUUGCUUCUAUAAUUCUUGAUGAGCAAUAUCUGCUAGAAAGUUUAGCCGUAACAGUUCUUUUUGCAAAAGGAUCAUUCCUAAGUAAUUAAAAACACAUGCCCUCCCCCCCAAAAAAAAAUAAAUCCAGAACCUUGUUCUUUCAAAGCAGAGAGCAUUAUAAUCACCAAGGCCAAAAUCUGUCCUACACCUCCACCUCACCCCCUCAUCAUUGCUUCUUCUGAAGCCAAAAUAUAGCAGAGAUAUUUGUAGGCCCUUUGGGUGGCUGGGCUACCCUUGUGCCGCUUGGAAGAUGGACUGGAGAAACCUCUGAGACCCUAUCCUAGGGCCUUGCUUUAAUGAGCAAUCAGUAUUAGGAGAGCAUCACAACAUUAUUCCCCAGUCAGCAUGGGAUGGAGGCAGAAGGGGCCAGAGGGUUGUUACCACUGAUACUUGGCCACUGACAGGUGGGUGACCAUGUGUGUCCAUAUGAGUGCUUUAUGGCUGAUGUGAGAUCAGCACCCAAGUUAGCUUCACCUGGUGACCUCUAGCCCUGCCUGGAUGGAGCAGGCCAUCCGGUUCAAUGUUUCUGGGCAGCUUGGACAUUGGAGUGCAAAAGGCUUGCAGAACUUGAAGCCUGCUCCUUACCUUGCUACCAUGGCCUCCUUUUCCAUUUGAUUUUUUACUGCUUCAAUCAAUAACAGCCGCUCCAGAGUCAGUAGUUGAUGAAUAUAUGACCAAAUAUCACCAGGACUGUUACUCAAUGUGUGCCGAGCCCUUUCUUUGUGCUGGGCUCCCUGUGUACCUGGACACUGUAACGUGUGCUGUGUUUGCUCUCCUUCCUCUUCCUUGCCCUUUUCUUGUCUUUCUGGGGUUUUUCUGUUUGGGUUUGGUUUGGUUUUAUUCUUCCUUUUGUGUUCCAAACAUAAGGUUCUCUCUAAUGGUCCUCUUUAACUGUGGUGUUGAGGCUUCUGUUUGUGUAAUUUUUGGUGGGUGAAAGGAACUUUGCUAAGUAAAUCUCUUCUGUGUUUGAACUGAAGUCUGUAUUGUAACUAUGUUUAAAGUAAUUGUUCCAGAGACAAAUGCUUCUAGACACCUUUUCGUAACAAACAAAGCAUUUGAAGGGAGGGAAUUGGUGACUAAGACAAGAGGGGCAAUCUGAAGAGAUGACCCCUGCCCAGAUCAGCCAGAAGCCACCAAGAAGUUAAGCACUGGAUUCCCAUUCCAAGUCAAGCGACUGAAGUUAAUGUGUUGCCAUUUUCAAAGUCAGAACAAAACCAGAUUUUGUUCCACUUGGUUGAUUUUUUGCUUCCCCUUCCCAGAUUAUUACUACUAUUGUUAAUUUAAAAAAAGACAAGGUCAGCUCCUUCCAGGAGUGCCAGGAGGGGAGGGGAUGUAAGAGCAGAGCUGAGUUCACUGAGUAGGGAAAGGCUGGGCAGGAGGAUGCCCCACUGAAGAAACAGGUUAGGGAGGAGACAAAAAAUGGAUUAUCCACUCUCUGUCUGAAAUAGCUGUUCCUGGAUAAGCCGAGACAGUGGGCAUUAUUGUCUCCAAAGCAUGUUUCAGGGGGACAUGACUAGUCAGGACACUUCUGUCACACCCCAUGCUGUCCCCUAGUGCAUAGUGUUAAUCUGAUAUCUUGGCUCCCCACCAUACCUGGGGAAUAAAAUAAUGGUAGAGGGUUCUCUCUUUCAGUGUCAUCUGAUUCCCAAAAAAAUCUGGGUGUAAGAUACCACCUUCUCUUUCCAUGACAAACAUCUUCAGUAAAGCCGUUAUCCUCGUUACAGAUUGUUCCAGGCUCAUAGAAGAGGAACAGACCUGUGUUCCUUUAGAGACUCUUAUGAAGAUAGUGCUACCUGUAGUGACCAGUUGGCCAUGGCAUUUAGUAGCUGGAAGAACUAACAGGGUACAUGCACCCCCUAAAUCCAUGCUACGCUCCCCUCUGCCAGCCUGAAGGGCAAGAUCUGUAGGACAGUGCAGCCAAUGACAGGCCACCCUGUAUUGGAAGAUGUUGGCAUCAGCUCAAAAAGCCUAUCUGAGGUUGGGAGCAGGCACACAAGGCACAGAGAGAUCCAGGACAGACAUAGCUGGAGGGGUCAGUCUUGAAAAGCCCUCUGUCGCAUUCACCUUCAGUUUUUGUGUUUUGGGACAAUUACUUUAGAAAAUAAGUAGGUCGUUUUAAAAACAAAAUAUUGAUUGCUUUUUUGUAGUGUUCAAAAAAAAAGGUUCUUUGUGUAUAGCCAAAUGACUGAAAGCACUGAUAUAUUUAAAAACAAAAGGCAAUUUAUUAAGGAAAUUUGUACCAUUUCAGUAAACCUGUCUGAAUGUACCUGUAUACGUUUCAAAAACACCCCCCACUGAACCCCUGUAACCUAUUUAUUAUAUAAAGAGUUUGCCUUAUAAAUUUACAUAAAAAUGUCCGUUUGUGUCUUUUGUUGUAAAAUCAAGUGGUUUUUCAUAAGGUUCUUUUACUAUUUGAAAAGAUGGGCAGCACGUGGUUUUAUUUUAUUUUUGUAAGUUUUUUAAUACAUGUGAAAGCAAAGAAUACUCAGCAUGCCUUUCUAAGUGAUGCGUUUGCACCUUUUGUUGGGAAGUACUGUAUCCUGUGCUGUUAGCAUUCUCGAUAAAUCUCUCUGUGAAAGUGA